AUGCAAUUCGAACAGUUCCGAACGUCUAAAGUAAUUACCACCAAGCAGCAAUUUGCACUAAUGGUUGAGUUGUUACAGCAAAAACCUGAAAUGGCGCAGGGUUUUACCAAGUUCCCUAAAGAAGAAGCGGCAGCUUUUUGGAAUAAUAUGGCCCAGGAACUGAACAGUGUUGGUCCGCCUACCAAGGAUAUUUCCAGCUGGAAGAAGCAGCAAACAUUCAGUAACAAACCACAAGCAUUUAGUAAUGGACCAGCGCAGGCUAAUAAUAAUCAAGCUAGUAAGAGACCACCAUCACAGAUAAUACAGACUCCUAAUAAAAUGCAACGGAUCUACAAUACUGAAGUUACAGAAACUGACCCAAUAGAAUGCAAUAAUGAAAUAUUAGAAUAUCCUGAAGGGUACUACGAGUCUUCACAGGACUACCAACCCGAAUACAACGAAGAACAAGAAGAGAUCGAAGCAACCCCUAGUGACAAUAUCAAUUUUUUAAACUAA